AAAAUUAUAUUAUCAACCUUCUGGUUAUCAAAGAACUGCACAAAAUCUUUUUAAAGCAUCUUUGGAAGCUGGAUAUGAUUUUAUCAUAAUUGAAAUUCGUAAUUGGCUUGAGAGUCAAUUAUUAUACUUGAUUCAUAAAGCUCGACCUAAGUAUAUCCCUUGUGCUAGCUUUAAUAAAAUUAUUAUUCCAAUGGAGGUUAUACAAGCUGAUAUUCUUUAUAUGCCAUAUGACAAAGUGGGGUCUAUAACUUAUAUAUUUUGUCUUACUUGUAUAGAUGUCGCAUCAAGAUAUAAAUGGGCUGAGCCAAUUGGAACUACUCUUGAUAUAAUGAAUAUCAAAGAUCCAUCUUUGGAAG